GUAUAGGGCCGGUACAUUCUUUCGUCUCCUGCCCCACCCUUUCAACUGCUUCUUCCUCCGCCGCCGCCGUUGCAGUGUGGUGGGGAGCGAGUGCGCGCGCACGCGCGUGCGGGGGGAGGGGGCAGCCAUGCCGAGGGGGCGGCCUUCCAAACCCAGCAGGGAGGACAGCAAGGCCGGUGCCGAGUCAGGCCACUGUAGCACCAGAACAGCCCGCAGCCGGCUGCGUUCCUCACAACAUCCUGCCAGCAGAGCCAGGUUAGGAGAUGGUGUUCUGACACUGAAUACAGAGAACAGUAAUUGUUCCUACCAAGUACCAAGCAUCCGUAAGUGUGAAAUCUGUUUGCUAUCUUUUUCAAAAGUGACACAGUUCCAGCGCCACAUGAGGGAUCAUGAGAGAAAUGACAAGCCUCAUCGGUGCGACCAGUGUCCAAUGUCAUUUAAUGUUGAGUUCAACUUGACACUUCAUAAAUGUACUCACAAUGGGGAAGAUCCGACAUGUCCUGUGUGUAACAAGAAAUUCUCCAGAGUGGCUAGUCUCAAAGCUCAUAUUAUGCUACAUGAGAAAGAAGAGAAUCUUAUUUGUUCAGAGUGUGGAGAUGAGUUUACUUUGCAGACCCAACUGUCCAUGCAUAUGGAAGAACAUCGUCAGGAAUUGGCUGGAAGCAGGACCCACAGCUGCAAGUCCUGUAAGAAGGAAUUUGAGACUUCCUCACAGCUUAAGGAUCACAUGAAAACUCACUACAAAAUAAGGGUAUCCAAUACUAGAUCUUACAAUCGAAAUAUUGACAGAAGUGGGUUUACAUAUUCAUGUCCGCACUGUGGAAAGACAUUCCAAAAACCAAGUCAGUUAACUCGACAUGUUAGAAUACAUACAGGUGAAAGACCAUUUACAUGUAGUGAAUGUGGGAAAGCCUUUAAUCAAAAGGGGGCAUUACAGACACACAUGAUUAAGCAUACUGGUGAAAAACCCCAUGCUUGUGCCUUUUGUCCAGCAGCCUUUUCUCAAAAAGGCAAUCUUCAGUCUCAUGUGCAGAGAGUUCAUUCAGAGGUGAAGAAUGGCCCUACCUAUAACUGUACAGAAUGUAGCUGUGUUUUCAAAAGUUUAGGCAGCUUAAAUACUCACAUCAGCAAGAUGCAUAUGGGUGGUCCACAGAACUCAGCAAGCACUGCUACGGAAGCAUCUCAUGUUACAACGGAACCUGUGCCCCCGCCUCUGACGUCUCCUGCUAACCUGAUGCAACCUGUUGAUAAUAAAUGGAAGAAUGCCACACAUUUUCGGUCUCCACUUCUUCAACAGACAGAAAACCAAGUAACUUCAGCUGCAGGUCAACAAGGGCAACAGGCUGUAACAGAUGUCAUCCAGCAGCUCCUUGAGCUGUCAGAGCCAGGUCCAGUAGAAAAUAACCAGCCCCAGCAACCUGGCCAACAACUCAAUAUUGCAGUAGGACUCAAUCGAGACAUUUUGCAGCAAGCCUUAGAAAACAGUGGGCUAUCUUCAAUUCCAGUCUCAGCGCAUCCUACAGACUGCAGCCAGGCUAAGAAUCCUACAACACAGGAUCAAAAUCCAGAUGUUCAGAAUCUUUCUAAUCAUCAAGCUGACCCUAAUAAUGCAGAACAAGAUAAAGAGCAAGAAAGCCCAGAUAAGUUGGAUAAAAAAGAGAAAAAGGUUGUAAAGAAAAAGUCACCAUUUUUACCUGGUUCUGUACGUGAAGAGAAUGGAAUAAGAUGGCAUGUUUGCCCAUAUUGCUCUAAAGAAUUUAAAAAACCCAGUGAUCUAGUGCGCCACAUUCGAAUUCACACGCAUGAGAAGCCAUUCAAGUGUCCCCAGUGUUUCCGCGCCUUUGCUGUGAAGAGCACUCUCACAGCACACACAAAAACACACACUGGCAUUAAAGCUUUUAAGUGCCAGUAUUGUACGAAAUGUUUUUCCACCUCAGGAAGCUUAAAAGUUCACAUUCGUCUGCAUACAGGUGUUAGACCUUUUGCUUGUCCUCACUGUGAUAAAAAGUUCAGAACAUCUGGCCACAGGAAGACCCACGUUGCUUCACACUUUAAACACACUGAAUUACGAAAGAUGCGACAUCAGCGUAAACCUGCAAAAGUUCGACUAGGAAAGACCAACGUUCCAGUACCGGAUAUUCCUUUGCAAGAACCCAUACUCAUCACUGAUUUAGGUCUUAUCCAGCCAAUCCCAAGGAAUAGCCAGUUUUUCCAAAGUUAUUUUAAUAAUAGUUUUGGAAAUGAAGCAGACAGGCCAUACAAGUGUUAUUACUGCAGUCGAGCAUAUAAAAAAUCUUGUCAUCUUAAGCAACAUAUCAGAUCACACACCGGUGAGAAGCCAUUUAAGUGUUCUCAGUGCGGAAGAGGUUUUGUCUCGGCUGGAGUGCUAAAAGCACAUAUUAGAACUCAUACUGGAUUGAAAGCUUUUAAGUGUCUUAUAUGUAAUGGGGCCUUCACUACUGGUGGUAGCCUCAGGCGACACAUGGGGAUUCAUAAUGAUCUUCGACCAUAUAUGUGUCCAUAUUGUCAAAAAACAUUCAAAACUUCAUUAAACUGCAAAAAACACAUGAAAACUCAUAGGUAUGAGCUUGCACAGCAGCUUCAGCAGCACCAGCAAGCUGCUUCAAUAGAUGAUUCAACAGUAGAUCAGCAAAGCAUUCAUGUUUCCACUCAGAUGCAAGUAGAGAUUGAAAGUGAUGAGCUGCAGCAGCCAGAAGCUGUCACAACAGAUCAGGAAGCUAUUUUAGAACUAGACCAGCAGCAGGUGGUAGCCACAGAAGAAACAGGACUGGGACAACAAUUGACUGACCAAUCUUUAGAGCAAGAUGAAGAUAGGUUUGUGACAUCCCAACAUGCUUUGCAGGAGAACAUCAAUCAGUUUGAACAGCAGACUCUAACACAACAGUCAUUUGAUCAGCAAGGGUUAUCACAAGGUUUUACAGUGAAUGAUAGCUACAAUCAACAGAAUCAUUUUUCAGCUGUACAGCAGCUACAGGAUUCAAGCACUCUUGAGUCUCAGGCUCUUUCAACAAGUUACCAUCAACCAAAUCUGCUUCAAGUUCCUAACCCAGAGACUAUUAAUGUGACUACUCGCCUCAUACAGGAUCAGUCACAAGAAGAACUUGAACUGCAUGCCCAACGCUCCCAGUUUCUUGAGGAGAAUGAAGAUCAAAGCAGACGUUCAUACAGAUGUGACUAUUGCAACAAGGGUUUUAAGAAAUCCAGCCAUUUGAAGCAGCAUGUACGAUCACACACUGGUGAGAAACCUUAUAAAUGCCAGCUAUGUGGCCGUGGAUUUGUUUCCUCAGGAGUUCUUAAAUCACAUGAGAAGACUCACACAGGAGUUAAAGCAUUCAGCUGUAGCAUUUGCAAUACAGCUUUCACUACCAAUGGCAGCCUUACCAGGCAUAUGGCAACUCAUAUGAGCAUGAAGCCUUACAAGUGCCCAUUCUGUGAUGAAAGCUUCCGAACAACCGUUCACUGCAAAAAGCACAUGAAAAAACACCAGACGGUCUCCUCUGCAGUAGCAGGAACUGGAGAGGCCGGAGGAGGAGUUGUAUGUGUGGAAGAAGAUGAUGAAAAUUCUGAAAGAACUGCUUCUAGAAAGUCUCGUCCUGGUGUCAUCACUUUCACGGAGGAAGAAACAGCAGAACUGGCAAAAAUUAGACCUCGAGAAAGUGCCACAGUCUCAGAAAAAGUUCUUGUCCAGUCUGCUGCGGAAAAGGACAGAAUCAGUGAGAUCAAAGAUAAGCAUGCAGAACUGGAAGCGGAGCCCAAAUACGCCAAUUGUUGUACUUAUUGUCCCAAAAGCUUUAAAAAACCCAGUGAUUUAGUCAGGCAUGUUCGUAUCCACACUGGGGAGAAACCAUAUAAAUGUGAUGAAUGUGGAAAGAGUUUUACUGUAAAGUCUACUCUGGAUUGCCAUGUAAAAACGCACACAGGUCAGAAGCUCUUCAGUUGCCAUGUAUGCAGUAAUUCUUUUUCUACCAAAGGGAGUCUAAAAGUGCAUAUGCGUCUGCAUACAGGAGCAAAGCCAUUUAAGUGUCCACACUGUGACUUACGGUUUCGUACUUCAGGACGCAGAAAAACGCACAUACAGUGUCACUAUAAACCGGAAACCAAGAGGGUCAGGAAGCCUGUUACCCGUACAUCUGCUGAGGGAUUACAACCAGUGAAUCUUCUUAAUUCUUCCACGACAGAUCCCAAUGUUUUUAUCAUGAAUAACUCUGUUCUGACAGGUCAAUUUGAUCAAAAUUUGCUUCAGCAAGGACUUGUGAGCCAGGCAAUCCUUCCUGCUUCUAUGUCAGCUGGAGGUGACUUAACUGUGUCCUUGACAGAUGGUAGCUUGGCCACUCUUGAAGGCAUACAGUUACAACUUGCUACUAAUUUGGUUGGACAGAAUGUUCAAAUUUCUGGAAUAGAUGCUGCCAGUAUUAACAACAUCACAUUACAGUCUUUCACAGAGUGCUCUCCCACUUAA